GCUGGUGCAGAGCGGGGCCCCCGGCCGCGUGCAGCCGAGCGCGGUCCCCAAGCAGGCGCCCUGCCUGCUGCGUCCCAGCGAGUUGACUGCAGUUUCCGAAGUUGGAGGGAGCCGUGCGGACGGGAGGCCAAGGAGGAAGAGAGAACCCUCGCCGCAGCGUUUCAGAGGGACAGCUUUGCCAGAGUUGUGAAUAGUUACUUGGACAAAGUUUCCUCCAAGACAGGUUGGACUCUGCAAGCGGACGCGGCCCUCACCCUGAUGUCACCAGCUCUGCAGGACUGACUGACUGACCAGCCGCUGCCACCUCCUGCUCCCGCCAUGGGACCCUCCGGGAGCCUGCUGGGCAGUGGACACAUGCAGAUUGUCCUGUGGGGAAGUCUGGCAGCUGCCGCCACGUUCUUCCUCAUCACCUUCCUCGUCUUCCUGUGCUCCAGCUGUGACAGAGAAAAGAAGCCAAGACAGUACAGUGGAGACCAUGAGAACCUGAUGAACGUGCCGUCGGACAAGGAGGUGUUCAGCCGCUCGGUGACCAGCCUGGCCACGGACGCUCCGGUCAGCAGUGACCAGAACGGCGCACUCACCAACGGGGACAUUGUCUCGGAAGACAGUGCGGUGACCUGCAUGCAGCAUUACGAGGAGGUCCUGACCUCGGCCUCCGACCUGCUGGACUCCCAGGACAGCUCGGGGAAGCCAAGGUGUCACCAGAGCCGGGAGCUGCCCAGAAUCCCCCCGGAUAGCGCCGCGGACACGCUGGUCAGUGCCAGGAGCCUGGACGGGGACCCGGGGGUGGGGACGGAAGGGCCCUACGAAGUGCUCAAGGACAGCGCGUCCCAGGAGAACGUGGUGGAGGACUGCUUGUACGAAACGGUGAAGGAGAUCAAGGAGGUGGCCGCAGCCGCGGCCCUGGGCAAAGGCGCCGGCAGCCGGGCCAAGGCGGCCUCCGCCCCGAAGGAGCUCCCGGGGCCCCGGGCCCCGGGCAGGGGGGACUUCGCUGAGUAUGCCUCGGUGGACAGGAACAAAAAGUGCCGGCGGAGUGCGAACGCGGACAGCGUCCUGGGGCCGUCCCCUGACCCCGAGGAGGAGGCCCCGCCUCCCGUGCCCGUCAAGCUUCUGGAUGAGAAUGAGAACCUGCAGGAGGACCGGGGGGCAGGCGACGAGCAGGCCCCGGAGGCGGCCCACGAGGCCAGCAAGAGAUUUAGUUCCCUGUCGUACAAGUCCCGCGAGGAAGACCCGACUCUCACAGAAGAAGAGAUCUCGGCCAUGUAUUCAUCUGUAAAUAAACCUGUACAGUCUGCAAAUAAAUCAGGACAGUCGCUUAAAGUGCCAGAGUCCAGCGACACCUCCACCCCAGGAGCUGCCCGGAGGUCCCCGUCCUCCUGUAAUGACCUCUAUGCGACUGUUAAAGACUUCGAGAAGACUCCCAGCAGCUUCAGUGUGGUGGCACCGGCAGGGAGACCCCGGGAGGAGCCCGAGCCCGACUACGAGGCCAUCCAGGCUCUGAGCAGAGAGGAUGGAAAGGCCAUCCCGGGGACCAACGGCUACCACGGCCCCUCCCCAAAGGAGAAUGACUACGAGAGCAUCGGGGACAUGCAGCAAUGCAGAGACAUCACCAGGCUCUAGCAGCCCCGAGGACAGCCCACCCCCAGCCUAGGACCAGCUGUCUGGGGACAAGAAGACAAGGAGCGCUGUCCCUUCCACGUCACAGGCUGCCUCGGCGGCUGAGGGCAGUGAAGAUGCUGGGACGGUUGCUCAGCUUUGGGAACAGGAAGGUGCACACCUGGCUGCACCCAGGGCGCCCCACCCGGUGGGCUCUGCCACACCCUAGCCCAAGCCCCCACGUCCCCGUGACCUCUGGACAGGUCCCAGGCUGUCCCCGUCUAAAGACUGCAUUCAGAAGAGCCAGGUUUCCUUCUUUCCUGCCUUGUGGCUGUCAGCUCUGUUCCCCUAGAAAUCUCCCCAUCUCUGCUGGUUCCUUCCAAGGAAAUUCACCCCCAGGGCUUGGCCUUUGCCUUCAACGUAGGUGUUGUCGGAUGGUAAGAAACCACCACGGUCGCUGCUACCGUCAGGUCGCCCAUCGUCUCCUGGGGACGCCCGCCAGGGUCUUGGGCCUUCAUGCCUUCGGAUCCGGGCACUCCACGUCAGCAGCUUCUCCCAAAGGACUUGAAGUCAUUUUUAGAUGCUUUAUUUUAUUUUUCUAGCCAAAACGUUCCCCCUCCCCCCAGUAUUUGAAACAUCAGAGCCUUUGCAGUAUUGGGGUGAACACUGUGGUACCCUCUACACUUGUUGGAGCCCGGAGCCCAUUCCCCCGAAACGCGGCUGGAUGGCCCGUGACCGCGCCUGAAGGGCCUGGACUAGAUACCAGCGUUUCUGGCGAUCUGUGGGGCCGCACCAGCAGCAGGGGCCCUUAAAUUAGCCGCUACCCUAAGGUAAUCUAGCUGGGGUUAAAAUGUAAACAUUUAUUUUUGUUAUAUAAAUUUAUAAGAUGUUUUAUGUUUAACGCCUAAUUUCUAGAAAGUGCCAGAAAAAAUGUAUAUUAACUAUUUUGAUUUUAUGUACAAUGAUUUAUACUCUCACUUUGAAAAGACACCAUAAAGCACAUAAGCUAGGUGGUUACUAGUCAUUAUCGUUUUUCUAACCAAGUGUUUAAAACAUUGAAAGCUUUUAAAGACUCAGACUUUACAAAUGGUACUUGGAGCUCCUGGUCAAAAUCAUCUAGCUCUUGCAGAAGUCAGUGGAAUAACCAGAAAUGGUCAUUGCCAGUGGUCUGUGAUGGGAAAUAUUGAAAAUUUUGAAAUGGUAAAAAUGGAAAGAAGAACAGGAUGUGACUAAGGGUGACUGAGUUUUUACCUCCACGAAGGUGUAGCUCCUGAGGUUUGGUUCCAUUUUGAAGAAGACGGUGAGCAACUCUGUAGUCCAGUACUUGCAAAUCUAAAUGGUCUAUUGGUAUCCCCCCCCCCUUUAUUUGACAAAAAUCAGUGUUUGUAGUAACUCAGAUUGAGAGAUCAGCCUGGUUUAGAUUUAAUCAUCUCUUUAGAUUUUAAGAGGCCAACUUUAGGGACUUGUUCACUUUUUAAUCUAAAAGGAACCCUUUGAAGUGCUGUUGUGCAGCGCAGGCUACAGAGAGGGAGCAUUCCUCCCUGUUCAGGGGGAAACAGAGAGACAGGUGAUUAUUCCACGCCACCGUGAGACCUCUGACUUUGCAGAUCGCAUCGGCUUGCUGCUGUCACUCGUUAUGACAAAGAAUGCCAUUGGGAGGGGGAAGCAUUUGAAAAUGGUGAGGACCAGCUGCUAGCUGCUGGCUGCUGGCUGGCCACUGCUCUGAAAUACGUUUCUGAAAUUGUAAAGUGAGCUCUGCCGGGGCGAACUGGUUGUUGUCAUUAUUUUUCAAGCAGCCUGGUCUCUCGCAUCAAGACUCCGCGUACGUGAGGACGCUCACCAUUGAUUAGAAGGUCACAGCAGAACGCCCUUAGAUCAGGGAGUUUAUCGGGGCGCUGCAAGACCCUCGCCUCUGAAUUAACGUCCUGCAUAGGCCCUGUUUUGCCUGGUGUUUUCGCUGCUUAAUAUUAAUGAGUUUGACUCAACAGUGUCUGUGUCAUGGGGUUCCUGUUGUGCAUGGUGAUAACCACGCGGCCCACCUGGCCCUGUGCGGGCAGAGGUCACAUCCUUAAUGAGCACUUGACCGCCCCAAAGUUUAUUGUGUUUCUUAUUUGUUGCCAGGGAAGUGGGUACCAUCUCUAAGGUGUAAAACCAUUUCGAGAGAGAGAGGCUCUUUAAAAAUAGUCAUAUCCCCUUGAAAUUUUAUUAACAGAGUUUCCCCCAGAAAUGUUGAAAUAUAGGCUGUGCAAUGUAACCAGAAAAGAUGCACUGGCAUCUCCCUCCAGAUUCGAGAUCCAGUGCUAAGAAUGGCUGGGAUGGAAAGAGCUGUGAUGUCCUGUAAAGGAGCUGUGAAUCCUCCCGUACAGGCCGAAAGAGGGUGAGGGUCUGAGGCGGGCAGGGGCGCAGGUCAGGAGAUGGCUGUUCUGUAGACCACCGGCACCCGAUCGCAGGCUGUUUACUGAUGCGUCAUCACUGUUUUGACCUUAUAGUUCAGGAUUUCAUAAAUAAACUUACCUUGCCUAAAAACAGGAUCUAUGUCUUUGUUCAGAUAUUUUUAACAUUUACAAGAAUUUUUUCUGCUGCUUUUACUAUUUCUCAAAUACAGUCAGCAGGAACGUAUGACCUGUUUCAUGUGAAAUGUUUGAGGAAAUUUUAAAUUUGAGAAAGUCAUUUUUGUAGGUGUUUUCCUCGUGGAUUUGUUUCCUGCCCUGCACUGAAUUUCACUGUCAGUUUAGUAAAGCUUUUGAAGGUGCUGGUGUCCUUUGUGGGGAAAAGCAAACUACUGAUUUAUUUGCCCUCAAAAUCCAAGAGUUCAAAUUGAGAGCUAAUUAGCAAUAGGUAGUCAACACAAAGAAAUAAACCUCAACAUGUCACUAUGUCUUUCUCACAUUGGAUUUUCAUUUUUCUAAUUAGAGCAUUUACUAACUUUAACCAGUAACAAACUAUGUGUGUGUUUGUAUAUAUAUAUAUAUAUACACACACACACACACACACAUACACACACACACACACAUACAUAUAUACGUAUGUGUUCUGGUGCUUAAUUAAUUAGGACACAUCCUAUUAUGCUAUGAUGUAUUUUGAAUGUUUUUUUACCAGUGUGAAGACUAUCAUCAGAAAAGCAGAACAGAAACAACAAUUCUCCAAUAGUUUCCGUUUGGUGAUUAUCGGAAAAUCUUCCCAAGUUGCUCUCCUUUAAUUUUUCUAAUGAAUAAAUUCAGAUUUUAAAUUGUGUCCAUAAUUCUUUUAGCUGAACAGCAGUGGUGUUUUCAAUAGUUUGAUUAUCCAUGUGACUCAGACAGGUGAUGGAGAAGAUACUUGGCCAAGAGCUCCAGGAGCCGCGUGAGCCAGGAUGUGGUCGCAGCCAGGUGGCCCCACCAGGUAGAAGCAGAGCCCGCUCUCCCGUGGGGCCGCUGUCUUGCACUGUCUUCAGAAACCACAGAAUCCGCAGGCAGCGGCCGGGUCUGACGUGUAAAGUGAUUGCUCUGAGCUGAUGACCCGGCCCCUAAUCUCAGAGCUUCAGUGCAAGACUUCACUGGACUUUGUAAAUGAGUCAGCGACAGUUGUCAGUGCUCCUUGUUCUAAGGUGACUCCGUGGGAUCUGGCGAUGCCAGGCCCCUGCGAGCGCUGAUGUCUGGUGCCCGGCCAGCUUUGCCUCGGCGGCCCGAAGCCCAGUAGGUACUGAUAGUAGUUUCCUGGAAGUCUUGACAGGCUCAUUGUGCUGUGUAACUGGGCAAAGCUAACGUGUAAUGUGUACUGUUAAUAAGUGACUGAUGUGAAAAUUGGAACGUGUGUCUGUGAUGUUAAAUGCGGCUUUGUUCUCAAUGGAGUCGAAAUGCCUGGGCCUGUGGCAGUAGUUUCUUGCUCUGUGUUGUAUCUUUUCUUCCAUGCAUUGUUUCUGACUGUGGCAUAGACAAGGUGUACACACUUAGAAAGUGUUUCACUUAAAGAGAUCAGCCCAGGAACCAUGAUAAAUGAGAGUCAUCAUCCGAAUUACCGAAGUAAAUUAAACAAAAUCAUGGUCCAGGAGAGAAGGCUCUUAAGUGCUCAUUUGAAGUUUGUUUACAUCCAGUCUGUAAUAUUUAUAAAGCAUUUCAUUGGUUUUCCAGUUCUUUCAUUUAACUAAGAAACGGUAGUUCAGAUUCCUCUUCAUGCCAGAUGAAAUGAGAAAUGCAAUUUUUGUUAAAAAGGCAAUUUUUUCUAAGCAUUCAAUUUGGUAAUCAUUUAUCUUAAUGCAGUUAGGUUAGAUUUUUCUUUGCUCUCCGAUUGUAUACUAUGGGUAUUUUUAAAAAUGUAUUGGGCUCUAGGUGACUCAGAUCACCCGUGUAAUGGAUUUUAAAGGCUGUUAAUUGUUAUUCCUCAGACUUCUCUAUAUGUUAAAGUUACAACAGUAAAUGUUGUGAUGUUGUUACCUUUAAAUAAUUGUGUUGUAUUGACAUGCCUCAUGUGUCCAGGGGAAAUUUGAAAUACAGCUAAACAAAUAGGAAUUUGCAUUUCAUUGUUCAUGCAUUUUUUUCCUCAAAAAAAUAGUUUCCCAAAAAGUGACUUAUUGUCCGUUAGGCCGUCCUGAUCGGCUUCAAAGUACUCCUCUUACUCAAAAAUAAUUCGUGACACUGGCUGCCAUUUUGACUCAGUGUCUCACAAGGUGUCUGUCGUGGUCAAAUGUAAUUCACAAAUGAGUAGGACAGUUGUUUUCAACAUUGGGAAUUUUAAAACCUUAGUUUUAGUCCAGAAAUAUCUGAUUGGCUUCCUCAGCUUAUAAUUUUUCCCUCCCUGACUCCAGUUUAAAGAUUGUGGGCAGGAAGGCACCCUUUCAUCCAGCCUCCCUUGGGCUCCUCCUGCACAGGUCACCUCCUGUCACUCUGCGCAGCACGACCCUGGGCCUUUUCCCCACCCCAGCCCCUCUGCUGUUCCCAGGAUGGUUUUCUGCCCGGCGGGCUGCCCAGGUAAAGCCACAGAUCCUCCCGGGGGAGCAGAUGCUCAGGGGUCUUUGUCGUGAGCUUUGCUGGACCAGGUACAUGCUUGUCCGCAUCUCUCAUGAGAACUUUUAAUAAAUUGUGCUGCCUGCUCAAACAGCCCCGUGUCUCCCAGGGUCCCAGUGAAGGUAGAUAUUUGUGACAGCAGGCCAGUAGGUUCCCAUAAAGUAGGAUGCUGGUUAUUUUAAGGGGAAAAGCCCUUUCUGGUAAGAAGUAAUCAUUUAUAAAACAAACUGAGUGUAAGAUGUUUUAGCCAGGGAGCUAUUCCCCCCCCUUCCCCUGGGACAUACUUCGUAUGAGUUAUGUUAGCUCCACCCAGCUGGAGCUGCUCUCCCAGGUCCCGAGGAAACGAGUGUUCCAGCAUCGAGCUGGAGUUACCUGGCCAUUUCUAGGCAAAUGCUGAUGGAGUGAGAAACCAGCCCCUGUGAGGCCUAGGCCAGGUGGAUAGUGACACUGUGCUGAGGGUCUGGACACUAAGGAUCUGCCACCAUUAGUUUUGAUAGUUUAGUGUUGUCAUUUGAAGUUCACUCUACGUGAACUUAACUCCAUACUUAAUUAUUUGAAUGGAUAUCCUAGAGUGUAAUUUUUUUCCAAAUUAGCAGAACAGAUAGCUGCUCAUUCUCUUUAUACAUUUAAUUUUUAAAAGUCCACCCAAUAUACCAAUUUGUCACCCUUAAUAGGACAAUUAAGGUGAAAAGAGAGACCAGCCUGUUCCCCUGGGGCACUCCAGAACUGUCUGGUUGCAAUGUCUGCUUUUGUUUGUUUGUUUUAACUCAGCAAGUUGGAAACCAUGAGUUUAAAACAAACUUCCCUUGUCCUUUCUUAAGCUCAAAGAGAAUUUUUUUAACUUGAGGUCCCCAUUGAGGUAGGAGAGGCUCCCCUGAUAGCAGUGACCUUCCCUAACCCAGGAGACUGACACCAAAGGCCUGAGCCUAUCUGUAAGAGAUUUCAAACAUUCCUUUGACAAGUUUUUAAUGUAUUUUUAAUGUGAAACCCAUAAAUGAACCUGCACGAUGUUCAGGACCCACCCCAUGAGCUUGCUUACCUUUUUUCAAUGUAUAAUUUCACACAGGCUUCUCUUGUGCUUCCAGGAGCUGUACCAGAAAGCAAAUUCCUGGGGCUGCUCCACAGAGCUCUGAGUGUCCUGGGAGAGACAGCACAGUGCUGGUCGCUUAGGGAGAAGCGGAGAAAAUGUCAGGGAAGCUGAAUUUUAUGUUCACAUCAACAAGCAUUUGAGAGAGUCUGUUUGACACUAUUUUUCAAUUUCUUUAUUUUUUAUUUUUUAUUUUUCAGAGUACCAACCACAUACUUGCUUCUGGGGUCAGGCAGGGAUCAGAAGUAAAAUCUGAACUAAGUGACAUGAGCAAGGCUUUCUGACCUGUGUGUUUAUGUGUCUGGAAAAUGCAUUAUCACCACUCUGAGUCUCUUAAGGAGCAAGCUGUAAGUAGGUAUAGAUGAGAAAGGCUAUCUCAAAGUCUUAAGUUAUUGUUUCCAUAUUUUCUUCUUUAUAAACUCAGGAAUUAACCUGGUUUGUGGAUAGCAUAAUAUGGCUAAUAAAACUAUAAUUUGUAGGUCACUAGACGCAUCCUUUCAAAUGUUUCAUUUAAAGACUUCUAACUUUGUUUUAAUUGGGAAAACAUACUCCUCCUAACGGAAAAAUAAACCCAACAAAAGACUUCCAUCAACUCUUUCUAGAAGAGUGUAGCAUCAGUCAACAACUACCCCAGAGUGUGUGUUUCUUGCCAAUAGUAUUUCAACAAUUUUUAUGGGAGAAAAAAAUGCACGUGUUUUUAUUUAUUGGAAAAGUAAAUUCUCAGAGGGGAUAAUUUAAAGAAAAGCAUUGGUUUUGUAGACAAACUCAUGGCUCUAUAGUCCCUGUUCCAGUAUUGACUUUACUGUGUGACCUUGAACAAAUGAAUUAACUUCUCUGUGCCUCAGUUUCUCCAUCUACAAAGUGGAGAUAAUGAUACCAACCAGUGCCUACCUCAUAGGGAUGUUAUGGGGACAAAUGAAAUAAUAUAGAGAAAUACCAAUGCUUUGAACUCUGGGAGGAUGGUGCUACAUAAAUUGAUGCAGUAUUGUUUUUAAUGAUCCCAGUAUGAUGUUUAGGGCUUAAACAAUAGCAAUACUGUCAUGUUAAGAGUAAGCUUCAAUUCGAUGCAUAUUUACAACUCUCCUCUUGGCCAGGCCUUGAUCAUUCCACCAAUAAUGGUACCUACCGACUGAAAUGGUUGUUUCCUGUGUUUCUGCCCAUAGUAUUUUUAUUCUGAAUGUUCCCCAAAGGCUGGAGUUUAACUUCUAAUAUCUUACCGUUUACAUGUAAUGGACCAUAUUCAAGCUAUGUAUAAAGUAUAAUUACAUGUAAAUAGCAGGUACGUUAUAAUUAAAGGCACUUAUCAAAUUGUCUUGUUCUUUUUUAAUUGUAAUAAAAGUCAGUUUUAUAUAAAAA